AGGGCCGGUUGCUGUGGUAACGCGGCGAGGCCGUGGCCAUGGGGGAGCCGCUGGACCGGCCGGCCCCCGAGAACACGUACAGCCUGCGGCCGGCCUUCCAGCACAAAUUCCGAUCUUCUGCAGUAAAAGAGUGCAUCCAUGCGAUACUGAAAGAGAAUCUAGCCAAUGUGCAAUACAACCCAGAGGAAACGCCAGAGCUCACACGGUCCUUAUCAGAGACAAUUAAAGAUAGACUGAAAGCAGAGGGAUUUCACCGAUACAAAAUGGUGGUGCAGGUUGUGAUUGGAGAACAGAGAGGGGAAGGAGUGAACAUGGCUGCACGAUGUUUCUGGGAUGCUGACACUGACAACUAUGCACAGGAUGUUUUUAUGAAUGACAGUCUGUUCUGCGUGGUAGCUGCAUUUGGCUGUUUCUACUACUGAUGCCAGUGAAGAACAGAAAAGAACUACAGUGAUUUUAGAGAGGAUUUUUAGCUUGUUUGGUUUUCUUCAAUAACUUGUACUCAUGUUUUCUCAAAGUAGCAGACUUACAAUUGUACAAAGCAUGCUCACUGUAUCUCUAUAAUACAAGACAUGUGUCCACAACUUCCUUUUCUUUCCUGCUUGUAUAAAUAUAGCUUUGUAGCAUAUUGUUUUUCUUUUGUCCUUUUAAUCAUCCUUCCUGCUUUGUGCAAAAUGGAUUUAUUAACUCCCAGGAGCCAGAUAUAGUGCCUUAAAAGGACUAGAUUGCUUUUAUUAGUAGUCACUUGUUUCCAUAAUGUAAUAAAUAUUUAUGAGCAAUGUAAUAUAAUAAAUACAAAUGUAUAUAUUAUACC